GUUGCGGUACUCCUCCUGGCUGCGUUCGCACGCAAGAAUGCGUCCCGCGUGAACGCCCCCUUACUUUUUGCGUUCGUGCAGAAGCCGCGCACUUUUGAGUGACGUGACAAAGUCGUAGUGAGCGCGCGACUAGGCGUUUACUGUCCUGCCGCGCGGCUUUCAUCAUCACUCCAGCUCACGGGCAUUAAACAAAGAAGACGGAGCACCUGCGCUUUCUCAUAUGCCAAAUGUGAAGUGCUGUAGCUUUUCUGAAUGCGCUGCGCCGUUCUUAAAAGGUGACAUUGUCGUUUGGGAGCUUAUAUAGUUAAGUAUCGCGUGUCAGGUUCCAGUAUACAGACAGGUAUCUGCGCAGAAGUAUGCCGAGGAGAAAACAGCAGGCGCCCCAGCGCGCGGCAGCGUAUGAUUCAGAGAAUGUUAAAGAGACCACCCUACAGAUUGAUGGCAUCAGAAGUGAUUGCUCAGCAACCAAGAAACCAAAGGGGACAAAUGACUUGGAAGAAGAAUUAAAAAACUCAGUGGCUGAACAAGAUUCGUCUACUACUGCUGAGCUUUCAGGACAUGAUGUUGACAGUGAAUCUCACAUAAGUGAGUCUAGCGAACCCACAUCGGAUGCUGACAGCACCUCAAUUAAAAAUGAGGAGGCCACAGGAGAGUUUCUAAAAGACUGUUCUGAAGACUCUGUAUGUAGUUCAGACAGCCUAGAACAGAUGAAGGCUAUUUACAAAAGCUUCCUCAAUAAUCCUUACUGGUCCUUUUUGAAAUUAAACUCCUCUCAGCUUUAUUCAGAGGAACAGCCUGCUAAUACCAGCGAUAGUAGCAGCAACAAUAGCAGUCCUGGGCGCGACUGGCAUCAGUCUGCUAUCGCAAAGACACUCCAACAGGUGUCUCAGAAACAACCCGUUUCACUUGAACCAAGUCUUUUCUCUACUGUCCAGCUCUACCGCCAAAGCACCAAACUCUAUGGGUCCAUAUUUACUGGUGCUAGCAAAUUCCACUGUAAAAGCUGUAGUGCUGCAUAUGACACUUUGCUUGAACUGACUGUUCACAUGAACGAAACGGACCACUACCGUGAUGACAACCAUGAACGUGCCAGUAAAGGCGGCAAAUCAUGGUCCAAGCCACGUAAACGAUCCCUUUUAGAGAUGGAGGGCAAGGAAGAUGCCCAGAGAGUUUUACGCUGUAUGUAUUGUGGGCACUCUUUUGAAUCAUUGCAAGAUCUUAGCGUGCAUAUGAUAAAGACUAAGCAUUAUCAGAAAGUCCCUUUGAGAGAGCCAAGAACAGCAAUGGCUGCUAAAGUUGUCUCUUCAUUUAAAAAGAGGGUCCCAGUGGAGUUGGAUAGUGCAAAGUCUUUGCACACCACAGACCAACAAAGUACCAAUGGAGGGCAGGCCAGUGAUAUUUUUCAGAUGUAUUCAGAACACUCUUUAACAAAUGAAGAUGACUCGAAAGAUCAGAAGAGCUCUAGCAAUUAUGUGCAGUCCAAAUCGCAGAACAUCAGAUGUUUGGAGUGUGGAAUUUCGCAUGACUCUUUGCAGCAGCUGAGCGCUCAUAUGAUGCUGACCGGUCACUUUGUAAGAGCCACCAAGUCAACAACAAAGACAGUCAAGCCCCUUCCAAAACAAACAACCUUGCCUCCUCACACCAAAAGUAAGUGUGAGAAGGCAAAGUCAGGUAAACAACAUUCUUCUCUUCUGUCAGCCACAGGAAUCCUGGAGUCAUCUUCCACAUCCCCAGCAAGCAAGAUCAGCAAGAAUAAGACACAGGAAAUAAAAUCUCAAAAAGACAGUGAAUGCCAGGAAUCUGCAAAUGUUAAAGAUUCUAAGACAAGAUUUGGCAUAUCUUCACAAUGUGAUUACCUCACCGAGGAGGACCUUAAGGAGAGUCCCAAAAUGGAGUUUGAUAUUCUCAAAUCACUUGAGGACACGGUAGCAACAGCUAUUAACAAAGCGCAGAGGGGUGCCCCGAGUUGGGGGGGUUAUCAAAGCAUUCACGCAGCUUAUCAGUUACAAAACCACCUAAAACCUGCUAUGAUUAACUCAGAUUGUCUGUCCUCUUUACAACUAUCAGCCAGUGGACAAGAAGUCCAGUCCUUAAACAAAAGUCCACCAAGUGCUCUUUCAAACACACUUAAUGUCAAUAAAGUGGAUGAGGAUAACGUUAUAGAAAAGGUUGCUGAAGUGGAGGAACAAUAUCAAUUCAUAAAUGGUCAGGGAUCCCCACAUCACCAGCUGUUCACAACCCAUGCUUUAAAUAUGAAAGAAAAAAUACAAGCGUCAAGCUCUCCAAAUCUUGAUCAAAUAGUUGCAUCUAUGAUUCGCGUCACUGAGGAUAACACAGAUGUGAAGGAUAUACAACAGCACAUACAAGACUUCAGAAAUCCUCCAACCUCUGUGCCUGAUCAUUAUGAUGAUUCUGCUCUGCUGUCCGUCCACUCUGAGCCAAAACAACCCACUGUUAGUCCUCUAAGUGCCCUUCAGUCUGUUAUGAACCUUCAUCUUGGUAAAGCUGCCAAACCUGUGAGGCCUGUCCAGGACCCUAUGAGUAUGCUACUCAGGAUGAGCAACAGCAUGGCGGAAAGGGCUGCACUUGCCGGUCCAUCUGGACACUCGACAAAACUUAGCCAGUUACAUUCCGACUGCCAUGAAAUUUGCAGAGACCAACCAAUAGACUUGUCCAAAGGCAAAAGUGAACAAUGCCUCAAAGCUGCUUCUUUACCAGGCAAAGCAUUGAGUUCCUUUGUGUCCGGUGCAUCUGUAAAUGAACCCGCUGGUUCCAACGUAAUCACACCAGUUAGUCCUUUAAGUGAAAAUGCCCUCUCAGACAUAUCAGACAUGCUGCGUAAUCUAUCAGGCACUCAUGUUUUGAAGCCCCAAAAACUUUUAUGUAGGACAGAGCAGUCAGAAAUUGAGGGUGCACACAUCUCGGAUGAGACAGAGGACAUGACCAUGGUGCAAAAACGUAAAGGUAGGCAGUCACACUGGAAACCCCAACACUUGCUGAUUUUGCAGGCUCAGUUCACUUUAUGCCUCAGGAAGACAGCUGAUGGAAAGUAUGUGAUAUCAGACUUGAGCUCCCAGGAAAGGAUGGUCAUAUCACAUAUAACAGGUCUGUCUUUGACAACCAUCAGCCACUGGCUGGCCAAUGUGAAAUAUCAGCUGAGACGGACAGGCAGAACAAAGUUUAUAAAGAACAUCGACGCUGGCCACCCAGUUUUCUACUGUAGUGAAUGUACUACACAGUUCCAAGCUCGCUCCACAUAUAUCUGUCACCUUGAGUCACACCUUGGGUUUAAAAUGAAAGACUUAGCCAAACUUACUUCUAAGGAUCUCAGCAGGAAGAUUACAAAGAACUCCAGAAGCCCUCCUGUAAAAUCUGCACAUCCUGCUAUAUCACCUGCUAGAGGAAAUCAGGAGCAACCACAGCCAGUACCUAUACCAUUAUUUUAAAGAAUCACAUAGCAUAAUGAGAGUAAACAUAUAACACGAUACACUCAUCACUAUAUGUCAGCAUAUGUAGGACAUGUCAACCAAAAAUAAUCAUAAUCUAAGGAUUCAUAAACAAUUACUUAUAUAUUGUUGCAUUAAUUUACUAAAUUGGUCUUAAGUAUAGGCUAAGCUUUGUGCUCACUUAGUAAUUCAUGUAAGGUUUACCAAAUAGAUACAAUGAAAAAUCAAUUAUUAUAUGUUAACAUAUGUAUUAAAAUAAUAACAUUGAUGAAUGUUCAUGAUGAACUGGAGGAAAAACUGUACAUUUGUACAUAAAUUGUAAUGUUAUACAUAUUUUCCAAAAAAAACCUGCUUUUUGUCUAAUAAUCUGUUUGCCUUGUCUAAAAGUUUAUUCGUGCAUCAAGAAUUGUUUUUUAUUUGUAAAUACUUAACUAAACUGUAUAGAAAGUGUUAUGUAAAAUGAUUUAAAUAUAAGUAUUACAAUUUAUACAGAGGCUUUUUUAAAAGAAUAUUUGUAUCACAUAUUUGUUCAUUUUCAUUUCAAUUACAUUUGUUAUUCCAACUUUUUUGACAUUUUUGAUUUGCAAUUCUUGUGGAAUGUUAACUUAUUGAAUGAGAAGGCAUGCCAUCUAUAACUCAAUACUGUACUAGAAAAGUGGAUAUGUUGUAUUAUAGACAUUUUUUAUAGAAAAAAAUUAGAUCAAAGA